CACCAAAGAUGGAUCUUCAAGUCUCUUUUGUGCUGCUUUUCAUUCUUUUCACUGGAGGAUACUCUCUAAACUGUAAAACAUGCAUACCAGACCUGACGGGUACUUGCAUAGAACAAACGGAGACAUGCUUUAGUGGAUUUUCAGAGUGUAUAAGUUCAAAAGUGAAAAUAACUGGUGUCUCUACUGUGGACAUAAAACUAAAAACUUGUGCUCUGCCGAGUUAUUGUCAAAUUGGGAACAUGAACCUCGGUGACAUUAAGAUUUCUUCUUCAUGCUGCAACACUGACAACUGUAAUGACAAAGAUGCUCCAGAUCCCAGCUCUACCCCCAAUGGGAACCAGUGUUACUCUUGCAAUGGACCAAACUGCUCAAACGUGUUGAAAUGUUCAGGGAAUGAAGACUACUGCGUUAAAGCGACAGGGUCUUUUCCCAGCGUGUCAGCUACUGUAAAAGGAUGUGUCUCUAAAUCUUUCUGUGAUGCCGCAACAUCGAUUCCAAAUCUUGUGGAUGUCAAAUGCUGUCAGGGGAACCUGUGUAACAGUGCAAAGAGCUUCACCCAGAGCUUCAUGCUUCUCUUGUUGCCACUGUUCUCCUACACCCUGUUUCACUGAGUUUCAGAAAGUAAAAGGUCCCAAGUGAUUUUGGUUACAGUGAUUUUGGUAUAUAUAGGGACAAUAGUUAUACCACAAAAUUUGUCAAUUUAGGCAUAUACUUUUGAUGUUUUUUUGAGUAACAAUAUAAAAUAAUGUUUACUCAUUGUGAUCGAGAGCCUGUGAGUCAGUUUCCAUCACAGGAUUUGAAUGUGUUCAAAUUACUUAUUUCUUGUUUUACUCCACUUUUCAAUAUAUAUAUUGGUGUUUUAUUGUGCAAAAGUUUUAUUCUUUCUAUUUAUUGGUGUUUCAACUCAAUCUCAUGUUCUGAUGUAUUUAUACAAUAAUAUUGUAAUUAAGAAUGGGAAGGCAAGGGUUAAUUUGAUUUUAACAAAAUGGUAUAAAACAAUUAGAAAUGGUGGGAAAUGGUGAAAUAGAAAUUGUAAUGGUGUUCAUAACAGUUGUCAGUUGAGGGCACUAUUUUGCUAUUUCUGUUUUUAACAACUGUUUCUGCACAAUGUUGGUCUCAAUAAAGCUAAUUUGGUAUCUUUGGAGUUUGGGGUUUUGGAAAGUGAUGGCGAGGCUAAUCCAACGUCUCUACUUUCGCCUGCACCGCAGCGUGCCGGACCGCAGACUGCGCGCACCUCCUUAAAUUCUAGAGGCGUUUAUACUAUGAAACAACAAGGGGCAUCCCAGAGGAAAUAUCAUCUGAAUCAAUUAGUUGUGAGAAGACUCAGUUUUCCAGU